GUACAAAUAGGGAUGUUGGGGUCUCAUUUGAGACAUCCCUAGGCACUUGUAAACUACUACUAUCUUGUAAACUUUCUUUGAUAAUAGGUGUUUCCAUGGCGCGCGUUGUCGUGCCUUUUUUAUCCUAUGUUUUUGCCUUUUCUAUUAACAGUAUUUUUAAAUUCAAAAGAUAAGUGUCGUCGUUCUUACCGAUGCAAUGCGGUAGGAGUUUGGACAUCAUCAGUUUGGCUGGUCGAAAAACCAAAACAACGAACACCAAUACCGUUUUUGAUAAUGACAAAACACAGACAAUGGUGUUGUUUGCUCACAGGCAGUUGUGUUCGUCACGGUAUUGCAAUGGUAACAUCGCUCGCCAUAGCCUACGAUAACAAAAAAAUCUUGAUUUGAAUACAACUCCGUUUUUUUAAAAGUCUACCCCGGAACAUUCCAAAAAGGCGCAUUCAACUUUUUUAAGUUAAAAUACAAAAAAAUAUUACAAAAAUGAAAAAUCUAACUAUUAUUCUACUGUUUUAAAAAAUGAUUAUUCUUAUUUAUUUAUUCUGCUUUGACCAUUUCUAAAUAGAUAAAAGGCAAAUCCAUAUAUUAGGCAAGUUGGAAUGUUUCAUUCGUUGGUUAUGGCUAGCAGGAGGUAAAAAAACAAAAAAAAGGCUUAAAAAGUUAGAGAACAGGGAAUCAAACUUCCGUUUUCUAAGAGGAAUGUGUGUGGAGAACCACCAAACAAAAAGUUAUACAUGUUAGUCUCUUGGAAACAAAAAUCACUUAAACAAUUACUGAAAAGUAGCUACCCAAAAAAAAUUACCCAAUAGCUAGCCAAUUGGCAUUAUGUGGUUCAACGACCUACUGAUAGGGGAGGCGCCAUGCACUAUUCACCCUCGUUCCUUUUGUAUAUAUAGUAUAAUAUAAUACAAGGCAUAUUACUUGUAUACUUGAAGUAUUACAAGAAACUUUCUUGCGAUCAAACGUCCCCUUUAAUAACGUUUGCUACUAAAACCCAAUGCCACUAAGUCGGCAAGGCUUACUCAGACGAUGAUCUUAGGCCACAUGCGAGUUGAAAAUCUAACUCCGUGACAAUACUAUGUUUUAAUCAUUAGAUUAAAACGUAUAUGAAACGGUAUGUGACAAUAUUGUGUGACUCCUUCUUUAUUCGGUGGGUUGCUAUCACCUAAAGGGAGAUAACAUUCAUUGUGCUUUGUCAGAGCUUCUUGUUUCUGGUGUUAAGUUGGUUUCUACAAGGUGUGCUGAAGGUGUAAUUGCUCGAUGGGACAAUAAAACUUGCUAUUCAAUUUUAUCAUUAGUAUGUUUAAUUAUGUGUCAAUUUUAUCAUUAUAUGUUGAUAUUGCGCGACACGUCGUUCAUUCGUUGGGUUGCUUGCCACCGUAAGUACGUAAGCAUUCAUCAUGAAUUGUCAGAGCUUGUUCCUGGUUACACCUUGGUUUCUACAAGGUGUUCUGAAGCGAUGAUUCGUACUUGGGACAAUGAGGAUAACAAGCUUGCUGACUUGGUGGAACGUGCCAACCUAAACGACCUUCAAGAUGUGUGUGCGAAUCAGGUUCAAUGCAGAGACACGUUUACCUGUUGCCGGGAAGCUUUGUUGGUAAAGAAAUGGAAGGGAUAUGUUCUUGCAACCAACACUUUGAAACGAUAUGAAGAUUUAGUAUAUCGCCACCGUAUCCCGACAAUCUAUGUUGAGAAUGGUCGACUAAAGGUACUCUUUAAGACGCACAUUAAGAAGUCUCGUAAGGCUGAGAGGAGGCCGGAGAGGAGGGCUGAGAGGAGGAGGCGGGCUGAGUGAUAGUGCUUCGAGAGUUCUGGGCGGAUUGAUACCACUCUGUAACACAACUUUGUCAUGCUUUUCUUAGUUUGUCAAACUUUACCUGUUGCUUAAUAAUGAAGACAAGGCUAAACAAACUUAUUUCCUCUA